AUGGCUGUAGAAAGGGAGGAGAAUGAGCUUAGCGAGGCAGUCAGAGGGCUGUUUGCAACAGUGAGAGGGGAACUGGCAGUAGUGAGGGAGGAGCUGGCAGCAGUGAAGGGGGAGGUGGCAGCAGUGAAGGGGGAGGUGGCAGCAGUGAAGGGGGAGGUGGCAGCAGUGAUGGGGGAGGUGGCAGCAGCAGUGGCGGAGAAGGCGGCACAGGAGAGUGAACGAGGGUUGUUGUUGGAGAGCAGUACAGAACCUGUCUUUCCUGCCACAACCCCCCUCCCUCCUCUAUUCCUGCUCCCUGAAUUCAUCCUCUCCUCCUGCUACACCUCACUGUGCAGGCGCACGCCUAGCAUUGGGCUCGCCCCAUCAGCCAUGGCUCGGAUGACUGCAGUGCCCAUGCUUCUGCCAGGGCUGCUGCUCACCCUCCUUCUCGCCGCUGCCAUCAGCAUCACACCAACUGGCAGGCAGGGACGCUUCCUGUCGUAUGCCGGCAUAUUCCCUAAACCUCACAUGUCCGCAUUCUUGCAAUGCUCAGAUGGGGUAUGCAUUCACAUCAUUGGAUAUUCUCAUCAGAAGCUGCCCUCACAGCUCUCCUGCUGCCCUCACAACUCUCUUGCUGCCCUCACAGCUCUCUUGCUGCCCUCACAGCUCUCUUGCUGCCCUCACAGCUCUCCUUCUGCCCUCACAGCUCUCCUGCUGCCCUCACAGCUCUCUUGCUGCCCUUACAGCUCUCCUGCUGCCCUCACAGCUCUCCUGUUGCCCUCACAGCUCUCUUGCUGCCCUCACAGCUCGCCUGCUGCCCUCACAGCUCUCCUGCUGCCCUCACAGCUCUUUUGCUGCCCUCACAGCUCUCUUGCUGCCCUCACAGCUCUUCUGCUGCCCUCACAGCUCUCCUGCUGCCCUCACAGCUCUCCUGCUGCCCUCACAGCUCUCUUGCUGCCCUCACAGCUCUCCUGCUGCCCUCACAGCUCUCCUGCUGCCUAA